CCUAAAAUCCCAAAUUACAUCUCUUCUCAUUUCAUCUUCUCUCGGUCUCGUCGGAUAUUGAAGCCGCAAAGAACCAACUUCAAGCUUUAGCUCAGCCUGUGAUUUGAUCUGUUGAUGUAUUCCAAGGUUGUCAAGAUGAACAAUGAUGAUAGUUGGUCGGAUGAGGAAUGUCGGUACUUUCUUCAACUAUAUACUACUGAGAAAAGAAUGGGGAACACAACGAAGAUAGGAUUGAAUCAGAUUGGAAAGGAUUAUGUCACAAAGAAGUUUGAAGAGAAAUUCCAAAAGAAAUUUUUAUGGAUUAGGUUUAAAAACAAGUAUGAUGUGUGUAGAAGAUCAUACAUUAGGUAUAAGAUCUUGCUCCAUAACAGAACUGGAAUCACCUUUGAUGCUUUUGGAAGAAUAGACAUGGCUGAUGAUUGGUGGAAUGAACGAAUUAAGGAAUGGCCUGAUGCUGUAAAGUAUAAGAACAAACUCCUGCCCAACCAGGAUGUUUUUAGAGAUGCGUUUUGUUCAGUGAUUGUUACUGGAGCAGAGGGAUGGAGCGCCCAACAAGGAGAAACAAGUUUAAAUUCUAGAGUGGAUGCAGAAAAUGGUGAUGAAGCAGAUUCAGUUGAUACAAGUAUGGCACCACCAGUGGUAGGAACACAGUUUAGAGUAGGAAGUUCUAGAUCAAAGAGAAAGCAGAAGGAGGUUGACAUAGCUACAAAGACUUCUUCUUCAAGAAACUUGAUUCUUACUCGUAAGAAUGAAUUAGUUGAGAAGAUGUUGGAGCGUGAUGAUAGUUGCAGUGUUGUGCGUGUAGUAGAGAUUCUGAAUGAGUUGCCUGGAGUGAGGAUGUGGUCACGUUUCCACAAAGCCUCGGUUGACCAUCUUCUCGCUGAUGUCGCCAAUCGACAGGGUUUCAUUGCUUUUUUUAGUAUUGAGGAUAAGAUUAGUUAUUUGGAGCAUAGGACUGGAAUAAGUAUUGAUGACUAAACUUGUUUAUUUGUUGAUCAAUUUGCUAUGAUUAUAUGAAAUUUGCAUAACUUGUUUAUUUGUGACUAUUGGUUAUGAUUA